AUGCCCGAGGACCAUGACGCCGAUCCUCAGCAAACAACUUCCUCCCCACCAGCCUUCGUGGACCUAAUGGCCCUAAAACAACUCCCCAGCCCCAGCCACCUACCCGGCAUUGCCCACGACGAGCCAGAAAGGAUCGAGCGCUUCCAAUCCCUCGCCGCACCGUAUCCGCCGGGUGAGGGCCAAAUGGCUUUCGGCGGGCAUGUAUACGCGCAGUCCGCCUACGCGGCGUCAAAGACUGUAGAUAAGGGCUUUAUAAUUCAUGAUAUGACGGGUACGUUCAUUUUGCCCGGUCGACUGGACGUCCCGUACGAGUAUACUGUGCGCCAUCUCCGAGAUGGGAAGAUGUACUGUACGCGGGCUGUCGAUGCGAGACAGAGCGGUAAAGUGUGUUUCUCGUGCCUGUGCUCGUUCAAGCGUGGCGAGGGGGCGGCGACGUUUGGGCACCAGCCGGUGUCUGCGCAGGAGCGGUUCGGGGAUGUUCUUGCUGCGAAACGGCCGGAAGAGCAGACUGUUAGUCCUAGUGUCGAUGCGGAGUGGUGGACGGAUCUGGUGGAGCAGGGGAGUAUUUCGGAGAGGGAGUUCCCCGGGUUGGAUGUGCGCAAGGUUGAUAUGGCCGGGUUUAAUGAUGCGGAGGAUGUGAAAAGGUGUCCGGAGAAGUUUCGGCAGUUGCAUUUGUAUGCGCUUAAGGGGCUGCCUGGUGGCGAUUUGGGGAGGGAGGAGUUGAAGGAGAGGGAGGCGGCUGGGGAGUACGACAAUCUGUAUGCGUGUGCGCACAUGUAUUCCAGUGAUCGGAAUUCGUUGUUGUUGAUACCGCGGGCUCUGGGGCAUAAGAAUUGGAUUGCGAUGGCGAGUUUGACGCUUACGGUGGUUUUUCAUCUGCAUGGGGAUGCUCUGAGGAUGGUUGAUUGGGAUGCUGGUGCUGGGGACAGUGGAGAUUUGUCGAUGAAGUGGUUCGUGCAGGAGGGGUGGACGCCACGGUCUGGGGAGAAUCGAGCGAUUCAUGAGAGCUGGCUUUGGAGUCCGGAUGGGAGGUUGCUGGCUACUAGUUAUCAGGAUAGUCUGUUGAGACUCAGGAAGCGGGAGGGGAAGCUAUGA